CACAGGUGCGGCUCCAGUACGACAACGCCAUCUACUUUGGCUUCAUAUGAGUGUGACUCGGGUAUAAAAUGUUCUCGGUGCUGCACAAGUACCAUUCAAUCUAAAUCUCCAUAAUGGAUCCAUUUGUCGAUGUAUUUGUCGCGGUAGAUGCUGAUCGCAGUGGUCGCAUAACUCGUAGCGAGUUAGAAAGAUAUGCCAAAGAAAACAACCUUGAUGUCGGAAUGGUGGAUCAAUGGCUUACACUUUUCGAUCCUGAGCACACGGGUGCCAUCACGUUGGAGAUAUUUUGCGAAAAGCUGGGCUUGAAGCCAGCGGAUAUAAUCCAACGAGAAGAAACGCAUAGAGUCAAUGCAGCUCCGGCUCUGGAUCGCAGAAUAAGAGUGAUACAGGCUGACAUGCCAAUUGAACAACAAGUCAGAAUCUCCACAGAGGCUCUGCGUUGGGCAAGUGAACUCAAUAGUAAAGAUGAAAUAAAGAAGCUAUCAGAGGACCUCAAAGGUUAUCUCGACAGCAUGUACGGUCACUCUUGGCAAGUGUCCAUUGUUGACGGGAGCUAUGCUAUCACCUACACACAUUUACCCGGGACGUCUUUCCAAUUUGCUCAUGAUGGACUAGCGUUCAUUAUGUGGAGGGUCGCGGAAUAAUACUCUACUAUAAGCAUUCCGUUGCUCACCACAGAGAAUAACUGAUAAAAUUUGUUUAACAAAUCUUUACUUCCCCCUGUCAACUCAAGAGAACUCACAUUAAAAGUGCCUUCAAGUUAAAUACAAACCUAGUUAUCAGCUG